CUAACCGUGGGUACAUUGAUGGCGGGAAAAUCAGACUAGGAACUCGAUCCUUCAAACCAGGGCGGAUUUAGACACAGAUCGAAGUAGUAAGAAAAACCAGUAGCGGUGGCGCCAUGGCCGUAACCGUGCUGAAUGUGGCGGAGAAACCGUCAGUGGCGAAGGCGGUGGCGGGGAUACUGUCGAACAACCAAAUGAGGUCUAGGAAUGGGCGAUCCGUAUACAACAAGAUAUUUGAGUUUAACUACAACAUCCAAAACCAGCCUUGCCAGAUGCUAUUCACCUCCGUCACGGGGCACCUCAUGGAGCUCGAAUUUGAUGAGCGAUACCGGAAGUGGCACUCAUGCGAUCCCGUCGAUCUCUACGCCGCCCCAGUUCGGAAACAUGUACCGGAGGAUAAACUAGAUAUUAGAAGAACAUUGGAGGAAGAGUCUCGAAGAUGCCAAUGGCUUAUACUGUGGCUCGAUUGUGAUAGGGAAGGAGAAAAUAUUGCAUUUGAGGUGUUGGAAGUAUGCAAACAAGCUAACCGUAACCUUAAUGUGUGGAGGGCUCGCUUCUCUGCUCUGAUUGACAGGGAAAUUCGUCGGGCAGUGCAAGGGCUUGAGCAGCCUAAUCAGUUGUUAGCUGAUGCUGUUGAUGUGAGACAAGAAAUAGAUCUUCGCAUAGGUGCGUCUUUCACAAGAUUUCAAACAAUGCUAUUGAGAGAUGCAUUUGUCAUUGAUUUUGCUCCAGAUGACAGAAACCUUGUCCUGAGUUAUGGUCCUUGUCAAUUUCCUACUCUUGGUUUUGUGGUUGAGCGGUACUGGGAAAUACAAGCUCAUGAACCUGAAGAAUUUUGGGCAAUCAAUUGUACUCACACUUCAGAUGAGGGCACUGCUAGCUUUAGCUGGAUGCGAGGGAACUUGUUUGAUUAUACAAGUGCAGUAAUUAUUUAUGAAAUGUGUGUGCAGGAACCAACUGCAACGGUGACUAAAGUUAGGCAGCAGGAGAAGCUGAAAUAUCCUCCACACCCAUUAAACACCAUUGAGCUUGAGAAGCGUGCAUCAAGAUAUUUCAGAAUGAGUUCUGCACAAACUAUGAAGGUGGCUGAAGAUCUUUACCAACAGGGUUUUAUUAGCUAUCCACGCACUGAGACUGACCGGUUCUCCGUUGAUGGCAUUGCAAAUUUGCCUACAACUGUGCGAGAGCAAGAAGGGCAUCCAGUAUGGGGCCCUUAUGCCCAGCGCUUGUUGGACCCUGAUUCAGGUCUUUGGAGAGACCCUAGAGGUGGAGUGAAUGAUGACAAGGCCCAUCCUCCUAUUCACCCAACUAGAUUUUCUGCCGGAGAAUCUGGAUGGAGUCAGGAUCAUCAUAGAGUGUAUGAAUUAGUUGUUCGCCAUUUCUUGGCAUGUGUCUCUCAACCAGCCAAAGGAGCUGAGACCAUAGUUGAAAUUGAUAUUGCUGGUGAACAAUUUUCAACAUGUGGGAGAACAAUAAUUGCUAAAAACUACUUGGAUGUCUACAGAUUUGAAUCAUGGGGGGAUUCAGUGAUUCCAACAUACAUUUUUGGACAGCAGUUUACCCCAACAACACUGACUCUUGAUUCGGGAGUUACACGACCUCCUCCACUUUUAAGUGAGGCUGAUCUUCUAAGUUGUAUGGACAAGGCAGGAAUUGGUACGGAUGCAACAAUGCAUGAUCACAUAAAGAAAUUGCUUGAUCGAUUUUAUGCAACGAAAGACGCAAACACCCGUUUCUCACCUACGAAACUUGGGGAAGCUCUGGUAAUGGGAUAUGAUGAUAUGGGUUAUGAACUGGGAAAACCAUAUCUGCGUGCAGCGAUGGAACGUGAUAUGAAAGAAGUUAGCAAUGGCACGAAGGGAAAAACUGAGGUUUUGGAGACCUGUUUGCAGCAAAUGAAGUCUUGCUUUAUAGAUGCUAGGGUAAAAAAGGGAAAGCUCCUCGAGGCCAUGGCUGUGUUCUUUGACAGAUCAAACAGACCCAAUGCCAGUGAGCCACAUAUGGCUGGAUCUGUUGUUCGUAAAUGUGGACUUUGCCGGGAAUCAGAUAUGGUCCUUAGACAGAAACCGGAUGGAAAGUUUAUGGUUGGCUGCCUAGGCUAUCCACAAUGUAGAAAUGCAGUCUGGCUACCAGGGUGCAUAUUAGAAGCAGUUGUAACCCAAAAUAUAUGCAGUGUCUGUGCUCCAGGACCAGUGUUGAAGAUUCAGUUUAAAUUUCGACGUCUUGAAAUACCACCCGAUUUUGAUGUUGAACACUUAGGCUGUGUUGGUGGCUGUGAUGAAACUCUCAGGCAGCUAGUGGAAAUUUGUGGAACUGGUUCCAGGAAUAAUUCCAGCAUACCUGAGGAGGCCAUACAACACCUUCCAUCCAGCGAAGCAAUCCUAGGCCUCAGGUUGCUUGUUAUCACUGCAUGCAAACAGGACAUUCUUCAAAUGAUUGCCCUUCACAGUCAUCCCGCCGGCGUUCUUUUCAGCCCACUGCUAAUGAAGUUUGCAGACCAAAUGGAGAACCCUCUAUUCCUUGUAAUUCCUGUGGUGCUCCGUGUGCUCUACGAACUGCAAACACCGCAAACAAUAGAGGCAGAAAGUUCUAUUCUUGCCAGUCCCGAGAAUGCAACUUUUUCGUAUGGGAAGAUGGGGGCAUGGGUAGAGGGGGCCCAUCAGGAAAUACGAGCAGCAGCAGCAGCAACAUGGCGUCUAAUUCAAGAAGGGGCGGGCGGGGGAGGGGACGUGGCAGAAGCAGGGGCGGCACCGCCACCACUCAUGCCAACGGUGGCAGUGUUACUUUCGUUUCAGCAACAGGCGAACCAACAACAGGUUGUUGUUUCAUAUGUGGCGAUCCAUCCCACUUCGCCAACGUUUGCCCUGAUCGUCGAAGAUGAAAGCACAACUUCAUUUUCACUUGAAGAUUGAAAAGAUAAUUUCCUUUGUGUGUGCUUGGUUAGGGACUGACUGUAGUUUUAACCUUCUAUAUCUCCUAGUCUAAUUUUAUGAAAUACUACCUUCGUCUCUAAUUAGUCGUCCUAUAUAUUUUUCAUAUUUAAUCUAUCCCAAAAUCAAUGUUCUACUCCUUC